AUGGCGCUGGAGGAGCUCGACCACGCGGCCAAGGGCGGGCCCAUCCCGAGGAUGUGGGUCACGAUCGAGCAGGGACCUCCCGCUAGGGGCUCUGGCGAGGAGGCGUCGGCUAGGGUCAUCAAGCGGGAGGCCGUCGUGCUGGUGCGCCGAAGUGUGCCGCUCGUCGACGGGAACACCAAGGGCGUCUGCUAG